CUUUGAGGCAAAGAUCAACAAGAAGAAAAGUCUCGUCAGCUUCAAGGCUUUAAUUGAAGAAUCAGAAAUUAAGAAAUUCCCAGACAAUGAUCUUUUGCGUCACCUUCGUUUGGUCACACAGGAUGCAGAGAAGUGUGCCUCUGUUGCCCAGCAGUUGCUUAAUGGCAAGAGGCAAACCAGAUACCGAUCUGGUGGAGGAAAAUCCCCAAACCAGCUGACAGUGAAUGAACUCAGACAGUUCGUCACACAAUUAUAUGCUCUUCCAUGUGUUCUCAGUCAAACGCCAUUGCUAAAGGAUCUCUUGAAUCGUGUAGAAGAUUUCCAGCAGCAUAGUCAGAAACUACUUUCUGAGGAAAUGCCUAGUGCUGCUGAGCUGCAGGACUUGCUUGAUGUCAGCUUCGAGUUUGAUGUUGAACUUCCGCAGCUUGCUGAGAUGCGUGUCCGUCUGGAGCAGGCCCGAUGGCUAGAAGAGGUGCAGCAAGCUUGCCUAGAGCCCAGCUCCCUGACUUUAGAUGAUAUGAGACGUCUCAUAGACCUUGGGGUGGGACUGGCCCCAUAUUCCGCAGUAGAGAAAGCCAUGGCCCGGCUACAAGAACUGCUGACAGUGUCAGAGCAUUGGGAUGACAAAGCCAAGAGUCUCCUCAAGGCCAGACCAAGGCAUUCAUUGAGCAGCCUUGCUACCGCAGUAAAGGAGAUUGAGGAAAUCCCUGCGUAUCUGCCCAAUGGUGCAGCUUUGAAAGAUUCAGUGCAGAGAGCCAGAGACUGGCUUCAAGAUGUAGAGGGGCUGCAGGCUGGAGGACGUGUGCCAGUGUUAGACACACUCAUAGAACUUGUAGCAAGAGGCCGAUCUAUCCCAGUACAUCUGAAUUCUUUGCCAAGACUGGAAUUACUAAUAGCUGAAGUUCAGGUUUGGAAAGAAUGUGCUGCUAACACGUUCUUGACUGAGAAUUCUCCAUAUUCUCUUUUGGAGGUGCUGUGUCCUCGAUGUGAUAUUGGCCUUUUGGGAUUGAAAAGGAAACAGAGAAAGUUAAAGGAGCCCUUGUCAAGUGGAAAGAAGAAAAGCACCAAAUUAGAGAGCCUGAGUGACCUGGAGAGGGCUUUAACUGAAAGCAAAGAGACUGCUUCAGCUAUGGCAACGCUUGGGGAAGCUCGCCUUAGGGAAAUGGAAGCUUUGCAGUCUCUCAGACUUGCCAAUGAAGGGAAACUGCUGUCACCUGCCCAAGAUAUGGAAAUGAAGGUCUGCCUGUGUCAGAAGGCUCCAGCGACUCCCAUGAUCCAAUGCGAACUUUGCAGGGAUGCUUUCCACACUAGUUGUGUGGCAGUACCCAGUAUUUCACAAAGCCCCCGAAUUUGGCUUUGUCCCCACUGUCGGAGGUCAGAGAAGCCUCCAUUAGAGAAAAUUCUGCCCCUUCUGGCCUCCCUGCAGCGUAUCCGAGUUCGCCUUCCUGAGGGAGAUGCACUUCGGUAUAUGAUUGAAAGAACCGUGAACUGGCAACACAGAGCCCAACAACUACUUUCGUCAGGGAAUCUAAAAUUUGUUCAAGACCGAGUGGGCUCAGGACUGUUGUAUAGCAGAUGGCAAGCCUCAGCAGGACAGAUGUCAGAGACAAACAAGGUAUCUCAACCUCCUGGCACAACGUCCUUUUCCUUGCCUGAUGACUGGGACAACAGAACCUCGUAUUUACAUUCUCCCUUCUCUACUGGACGGAGUUGUAUUCCCCUUCGUGGCAUCACUCCAGAAGUGAAUGAACUGUUGAUGGAAGCCCAGUUGCUCCAGGUAUCCCUUCCUGAAAUUCAGGAACUUUACCAGACUUUACUUGCAAAGCCAAGCCCUGCUCAGCAAACUGACCGAAGUUCACCAGUUAGACCUAGCAGUGAGAAGAAUGACUGCUGCCGAGGGAAACGCGAUGGAGUCAGCAGUCUUGAGAAAAAACUGAAGAGACGCCUGGAGAGAGAAGGCCUCUCCAGUGACCGGUGGGAUCGAGUUAAAAAAAUGCGGACCCCUCAAAAGAAGAAAAUCAAACCGAGCCAUCCCAAGGACUUGAACAAUUUCAAAUUAGAGAGAGAGCGUAGCUAUGAAUUAGUCCGAUCUGCCGAAACUCAUUCCCUGCCCUCAGACACAUCCUAUUCUGAACAGGAGGACUCUGAGGAUGAAGAUGCCAUCUGUCCAGCUGUGAGCUGCCUGCAGCCAGAAGGAGAUGAGGUGGACUGGGUCCAGUGUGAUGGCAGCUGCAAUCAGUGGUUUCAUCAGGUCUGUGUUGGUGUUUCUCCAGAGAUGGCAGAGAAGGAAGACUACAUCUGUGUGCGCUGUACUGGGAAGGACGCACCAAGCCGAAAGUAAAAACAAAACAAAUACCCCACUUAAUGUAAUUCAGGACUCCAACCAGAAGAUUUCCUCAAAUCUCAGCAAAGCUACAGGACUGGUAUUCAAGCCAGCCUGUACACGGUGCUAUUUCUAUUCCUUACGGGAUCAUUUUUCCAGAACUCUUUGAAAAAAAGAAAAAAACAACUAAAAAAAUUUUUGACACUUUUUGUAUUUUUUUCCUUAAGAGCUGUUUGUGGUUGUUGAGGUUUGAAAUGCUGACUGUUUUUUGCAGGGGUUUCCCACCAAUUUGGAAGGCAUUGGAGCUUGCACCUUUUCCUGUACAGCAUUGACGUUGUACCUCUUGUCUGGGAUUUACCGGCUUAAGAGUCCAGCUCAGUUUCAGGGCCCAGACGGGGCACCAGAAAUUCCAGUAAACCCUCAUUGGAGGAAUCUUUCUCGUUUACUCUGUUACCACAUCUCGGGGGGUUUUAAGUUGUUCACUUUGGGGGUUUUUGUUUCUUUCUUUAUCCAAUUUUCUUUUAUCUGGUAGACUAGGUUUAUUUAUCUGAGCAAUAACUUCUAUGUUGGUUUCAGUGGCUGGAAUUAAAACAAAAACAAAACAAACUUCUAAA